AAAUCAAAAAAAGAAGAAAGAAGUGUGAAUGAGGCAUUCACUGAAUUCGAUACAAUUACAGGUCUUGAGCAUCAGAAGGCACAGCAAAAGCAAUGGCACAACCCAGAAAAAGCUUCCUCCCCCUCUUCAUCCUCUCAAUCUCUCUCUUCUCUCUCAUCAUCUUCUCUCUCUACCCUUCUUCUCCCCAAUCUCUCCCUUCCAAAUCCUUCCACUCCCACCUCAUAAAUCCCACCCAGUCUUUCACCCUCACCAUCAAACUCCUCACUUUCAAUCGCCUCCACUCUCUCUCUCGCUGCCUCACCUCUCUCUCCUCUGCUCACUACGACUCCAACAGAGUCAAUCUACACAUCUACAUUGACCAUUUCGCAAAUGGGUCGCCAGAUUUGGAUCAAAAGCUAAAUGGGUCGCAUCAAAUUUUGGAUUUUGUUGAUGGGUUUGUGUGGAAAUUUGGGGACAAGAUUGUGCAUUAUAGGACUGAGAAUGUGGGUUUACAAGCUCAGUGGUUGGAAUCUUGGUGGCCUAGUGAUGAUAAUGAGUUUGCUUUCGUUGUCGAAGAUGAUCUGGAGGUCUCGCCUUUGUAUUAUAAGUUUUUGAAGGGUUUGAUUCUUGAGUAUUAUUAUAAUGAGUCUAAUUAUAGUCCAUGGAUUUACGGGGCUUCUUUGCAGCGACCCAGGUUUGUUCCAGGUAAACAUGGAAAUAAAAUUCAAUUGGAUGGGGGAACACGCCUUUUCUUGUAUCAGCUGGUGGGUACCUGGGGACAGCUUCUGUUUCCAAGGCCCUGGAAAGAGUUCCGUCUGUGGUACGAUAUCCACAAGAAUAAGGGAAUCAAACCAUAUCUUGAGGGUAUGGUGACGACAGGAUGGUAUAAAAAGUUGGGAGAGAAAAUAUGGACUCCUUGGUUUAUCAAAUUUAUUCAUGCUCGUGGUUAUUUCAAUAUAUAUACAAACUUUUUGGGUGACAGAGCACUCAGUGUAUCUCACAGGGAUGCUGGAGUCAAUUAUGGGAAAUCAGCAGGGCCAGAUUCCUAUUUACUUGAUGAAAGUUCUCUGGACUUCAAUCUCCUUGAAAUGCAGCCUUUGAGUAAUCUGAGGUGGUAUGAUUUCUGUUUCCAAGAAGUUCUUCCUGGUAGAGUUGUCAAACAUAUCAAUGAAUUUGGCUCUGUUCUCAACUCUGUGCACAAAUCUAAAACCAUUAUUUUUGUGAGCCUAUAUGAAACAUCGGAGGAACUUAUUAGAAAUUUGAUCUGCCACUUUGAACGAUUAAAUACCUUGAACUACAUCUUUAUGGGUCCAGAAUCUAGUUUGUUGCAUGAUCUUGCAAGAAGGGGGCAUCCUGUUAUUGAUGCAGACAAAUUUUUUGAUAACACCAGAGCUCCCAAUGCAAGAAGUAUUCCAGUAUCUGAGUUGGAGCUAGUGAAGGAUACUUACGUAAAGUCUUACGUGAUUAAAAAAUCCUUGGAGCUCGGGUAUAAUUCCUGGUUGGUGGUGGGAUACAUAGUUCCCUAUAGCAGUGAGUCAUUUGUCGAUUCUUACACUCGGACUUGUGACUUUUUUAUGAGCAAAGACAAAAGUGCUUUCUUUGCCCGAAGUUCAUCUUCAGCGCAUAAAAUCUGGGUUGAUCAAGUUAUAGCCAAUCUUGAAAAAAUGUCAAAUAGAGAUGAUUCCCUUGCAAGGGAUGGCAGACGAUUCAUGUAUGUUCUGGAUAAAGUACUGGAGAACAAGAUUACCGAAUUUGAUUUUGGUGUAGACAUCAAUGCCAAUGCUGUUGAAAAGAAUGUGUUUUGGUUUCCGCAAAUGGGUUUGGAUAUAGUUCAGAAGAAACUUCAAAAUCUGAGUUUGUGGCUAGUUGAUGACAAUCUAUCUUGCAAUGCAGUAAUCUGUCAUAGCAAUUAGCGACCAAGUUAUGGCUUAGUUUGUAGAUCUUGUAUGAUUGUAUCAUAUUUUUUCUACCGGAAUAUCAUUACACUGUAUGAGACUUCAUCUGGAGAUAAAAUACUAACUACACAAGGCUUCAAGAAA